GAUCUGGAGCCAGCCGGUGGUCUUCGAGACCCCCGAGGGCGGAAAGUCGGCGGUCUUGCUCAUGGACACUCAGGGUGUGGACGAUGGGCAUCUGGCGACCAGCCACAGCGCUACCGUGUUCGGCCUCACGGCGGUGCUGGCCUCGAAGCUAAUGUACAACGUCCAGAGCCGCAUCGACGACUCCGACGUCGGCAGGCUGGUCUUCCUCAACAACUUCAUCGGCAUCGCCCGCACCGCCGGCGACCAGGACGUCAAGUUUGGGGACCUCAUGUGGGUCGUGCGCGACUACAAGCACUUCAAGGACGGCUCCACCCUGCAGGGCUGCGAGCGCGAGAUGGCCGACGAGUUCGCCACGUGCUCGGAGGACGCGGGCCUCUCGGAGGAGCGGCGGGCCAGCAUGCGCGCCCUGCGCGAGUCGUUCGCGUCCACGGGCUGCUACUGCCUGCCCUACCCCGGGAGCAGGGUCGAGUCGCAGAGCUGGGAGGGGGCCCUCGGCGACGUGGACCGCGACUUCCUGUACAUGGUGGACCGCUUCGCCUCGCAGUUCUUCGGCGGCGGCUUCCCCAGGAGGUACCAGCCCUGGGGCGUGGGCCUCACGGCCGGGAACUUCGCGGAGCGCAUGCGCGGCCUGCUGGACGCCUUCCGCAACAGCGAGAGCUACGCCGUCGCGCCGGGCGAGGCCAUGCUGAAGCUGGCGGCGAGCUCCAACUGCGAGGCGCUGCUGCAGCGCUUCGCGGCCGAGGACUGCGCGGCGCUCGCCGGCGGAGACGGCAGCGCGCUGCCCCCCUCCGAGCUCGCGGCCGCGGCCGAGCGGCUCCGGGGCCUGUUCGAGGAGAGGCUGGACGCCGAGCUGGGGAGGUGGAGGCCCCCAGACGAGCGGCAGCAGCGCGCGUCCUUCGCGCGCCGCUUCGGGGAGGAGCUGGAGCGGAGGGCCCGGGAGAACGACCUCCGCGUCAGGGCCGCGGUGGAGGCCGCUCAGGAGAGGCUGGCGCAGGAGGGCGCCCGCAGGCUCGAGGAGGCCCUGCCGUGGGACCGCGUCUUCAAGCCCUCCGCGCUCGCCGAGCUCGGCGCCGCGGCGGUGGGCGAGGCGGAGGAGCGGCUGCGCGCGGAGCUCGGGAGGCUGGAGCUCCCCGAGCACGAGCGGGAGGAGCGGCGCGGCGCCCUGCGGGACUCGCUGCAGGGCCGCGUCGAGGUCCGCCGCCAGCGCAACGAGCAGGACCUGGAGGGCGCCAGCUCCAAGGCCCUGGCGCUCCCGGUCGUCUGCAUCGCCGUCUACCUCGCGCUCGAGCACCCGGCUCUCUUCCUGGUCUUCGUGGGCCUGGUCGUGUGCGCCGUUGUCCUCGCCGAGACGAAGGCCGUGGGCGCCUCCAGCCCCUGCGAGCCGGAGGUGCGGCGCGGCCUGCAGGACGCCGCCGGCCGCCUGGGCGGCAGGUGCGGCAGGGACCUGCAGGCCCUGUGCGUGGCCGUGCAGCUGCUGCGCGCAGACCUCUCGACCACCAGCGGUGGCCGCGGGCGGCACGCGGGCCGCCCCCGGAUGCUGCCCGCCCUCGGCGUCGCCCUGGCGGCGCUGCUGUGCCUCGCGGCUGGCGCCGUGUCCCUGCAGCUGGAGGGCGCCCGGCCCCCCGCCGCGCUGCCCCCGUCGCCGGCGCCGCCGCCACCGCAGAGGCCUUCCGGCGGCGCCUCUGCCGGCGCGCCGCCCGAGGAGGGCGGCCGGCGCGACGCCGCGAGGGCGGCGGCGCGCGAGGCGGCGCUGCGGCUGGAGAGGGACGCGGCGCUGCAGCGCCAGCAGGCGGCCGAGAAGCAGGCCGCCGCCGCCGAGGCGGCGCGCCGGGCGGCGGUGCGCGAGGCCUCCGCCGCCCGCGCCCGGCUGCAGGCCGAGCACACCGGCCUGGAGCAGCGCCUGCGGGAGCUGCCCUGCCAGAAGGGCCUGGCGGCGGUCUCCGCCGUCGUGGGCCUGAUGUGCAUCCUCGGCCCCUCGGCCCUGUUCCGCGUCUUCCUGGUCGUGUGGGGCUCCAUCUUCGGCGGGCUGCUGGUGGGCUCUGCGGCAGUCUUCCUCGGCAGCGAGGCCCAGGACUCCAGCCUGGUGGACGCUGCCGGGUCGCUGCUCGGGUGCCGCGGCGGCGCCGACCAGCUGGCCGCCGGCUACGCGGCGUGGGCGCUCGUGACCGGGCUGGGCGUCCUGCGGUGGUACACGGGCUUCGAGUGCGCCUUCUACGCCGUGGUGGAGGAGAUGGAGCCGUCCUGGAUCGGGGGGGCGAUGGUCCGGGCGGGCCACCGCCUGGAGGAGCCGCUGCUGGCCCGCACGGGCCUGGCGAUGGACAGGCGCUUCAGCCUCGCCGACGCGCUCGUGGGCUGCGGCAGGCCGCCGCAGGGCGGCGCCGUGCCUGGCGGUCUCG